AUGUCGAACGAAUCGCCGUUGCCUCAACCCGCGAAGAACAUCGUUGUCGACACUGCUUCGCUUCCCGCCUCUUCCUCAGCGUCGGUAUGGGACCGCGUUUCGAAAUGGGUGUCGGAAAAUAAGGCUCUGGUUUACACCAUUGCCGGUGUGGCCGUCGUCGUGACCAGCGCUGGUGUCGUCUACUAUCUCUCCGACACCGGCCGACCGGCUCAAGCUCCUGCGCCCGCGGAGAAGAAGAAGAGCAAGAAUCAGCGACGGAAGGAGAAGGAGAGGAAGAAGGCCGAGGAGGAAAAGAAGGCCAAGGCUUCCUCUGUCCAGGACGAAUCUGCAGCAAAGAAGGCCGAGGAGCCCGCCGAAGAGAUCCCGGAGGUUGAUGAAGCCACGGUCGGAGAGCUUUCGGAAGAGACAAGGAAGAGCUACGCCGCCAAGCUGAAGGCUGCCGGCAACAAGGCCUACGGCUCCAAAGAGUACAACAAAGCGAUUGAUCUUUACGGAAAGGCUAUCAUUUGCAAGCCCGACCCCGUCUUCUACUCCAACCGCGCUGCCUGCUACAACAUCUUGUCGGAAUGGGAGAAGGUCAUCGAGGACACGAGCGCCGCUCUCGCCAUGGAUAGCGAAUAUGUCAAGGCCCUGAACAGGCGAGCGAUCGCAUAUGAGCACCUGGAGAAGUACAGCGAGGCCCUUCUGGACUUCACUGCUAGCUGCAUCAUCGACGGCUUCUCCAAUGAAGUCAGCCGCAACGCUCUUGAGCGACUCUUGAAGAAGGUGGCUGAGCAGAAGGGCAAGGCUAUUGUCGAGGCCAAGGGUAAGAAGCUCCCUAGUCCGACAUUUGUGUCCAACUACCUUCAGAGCUUCCGCCCCCAGCCUCUCCCCGAGGGUCUCGAGGAGUCCGUCGAACUGAGCGAGGAUUCUGGCAAGGGCCUGCUGCGCAAGGGUCUGAUUGCUAUGGCUAAGAAGACGGGUGACGGAUACGAAGAGGCAUCUGCUGCGUUUGAGAAGGCUCUGGAAGUUGGUGACUUGGGUGAAUUCGAGGCCUUGGCCCUCAACCUGAGAGCCACCUUCACCUACCUUUCGGGUAACGCGCAGUCGGCCCUGCUCGACCUUAACAAGAGCGUUGAACUGCAACCUUCCCUGGUGCAGAGCUACAUCAAGCGUGCUAGCUUGCACCUGGAACUUGGAAACAAGGACUCCGCCGCCGACGACUUUGAGCUCGCCAUCUCCCACAACAAGGACGACCCCGACAUCUACUACCACCGUGCCCAGCUCCACUUCAUCCUUGGUGAAUUUGCCGAGGCCGCCAAGGACUACCAGAAGUCCAUCGAUCUCGACCGUACCUUCAUCUACUCUCACAUUCAGCUGGGUGUGACGCAGUACAAGAUGGGAUCCGUUGCGUCUGCCAUGGCUACCUUCAGACGGUCCGUGAAGAACUUCGAGGAUGUGCCCGACGUUUACAACUACUAUGGAGAGCUUCUUCUUGACCAGCAGAACUUCUCCGAGGCCAUCGAGAAGUUCGACAAGGCCGUGGAGAUGGAGAAGCAGAGCAAGCCUUUGGGUAUCAAUGUCCUGCCGCUUAUCAACAAGGCUCUCGCCCUCUUCCAGUGGAAGGGUGACUUCCCCGAGGCCGAGAACCUGUGCAAGAAGGCUUUGAUCAUUGACCCCGAGUGUGAUAUUGCCGUGGGAACCAUGGCCCAGCUUCUGCUGCAGCAGGGUAAGGUUUCGCAGGCGCUCAAGUACUUUGAGCGGGCGGCGGAGCUUGCUCGCACCGAGGCCGAGAUCAUCAACGCUAUCUCAUAUGCCGAGGCGACCCGGACGCAACUGGAAGUGCAGGAGAAAUACCCUCAGCUCGCCGCGCGUCUCUCGAACAUGAGUGCUGGCGGCUUUGGCGGCGCCCCAGGCUUGUAA